UUACAUAGAACCGUCAUUGAGUGUGCUGGUACUGGGAAUAUAAUCAAAACCUUCGCUCCACAACCCAUCACCGUCGCCAUGGCAGCCCCGUCCAUCGACCCUGAGCCGCCUCACAAGCUCUUCGAUACCAUUCUGACUCUCGACUUCGGUUCUCAGUACACGCAUCUGAUCACUCGCCGGCUGAGAGAGCUCAAUGUCUACUCAGAGAUGCUUCCAUGCACCCAGAAGCUGGCUGAUCUCGACUGGAAGCCCGCCGGGAUCAUCUUGUCUGGGGGACCUUACUCAGUCUAUGAGGAGGGCGCUCCCCACGCCGACCCAGCUUACUUCGAGCUCGGCGUGCCCAUCUUAGGUAUAUGUUACGGGCUGCAAGAGAUCGCAUAUCGAGCUCACAGCGAGAACGUCAUUGCGGGCACUGCACGAGAGUAUGGUCACGCUGAUCUCAAGGCCAAGAGAGUUGAUGGCCACGUUGAUCGCCUCUUCAAAGGCCUCGAGGAUGAGAUGAAGGUCUGGAUGUCACACGGUGAUAAGCUGGCCAAGCUCCCUGAAGGAUUCCACGUCAUUGCUACGACACAGAACUCAGAGUAUGCUGGUAUUGCGCAUAAGACCAAACCAAUCUACGGCAUUCAGCUGCACCCCGAAGUUACGCAUACUCCCGAUGGAACAAAGAUCCUAGAGAACUUUGCCGUGGGCAUCUGUGGCGCUAAACAGAACUGGACGAUGGCAAAAUUUGUUGACCAAGAGAUCGCCAGAAUCCGCAAACUGGUUGGAGAGAAGGGCCAGGUUCUCGGUGCUGUUAGCGGAGGGGUUGACUCGACCGUCGCCGCCAAACUUAUGCACGAGGCUAUCGGGGACCGGUUUCAUGCAGUUCUUGUUGACAACGGUGUUAUGCGUUUGAACGAGUGCGAGCAAGUGAAACAGACCCUCUCGGAUCAUCUGGGGAUUAACUUGAUCGUUGCACAUGCCGGGCAGCAGUUCCUGGACGGCCUGAAAGGGAUUCAGGAUCCCGAGCAGAAGAGGAAGUUCAUCGGUGGAAAGUUCAUCGACGUCUUCGAGGAGGAAGCCAAGAAGAUCGAAGAGGCAGCUGCGCAUUCAGAGAAGGCCGGCAAGAUUGAAUGGUUCUUGCAAGGUACGCUGUACCCCGACGUGAUCGAGAGUAUCUCCUUCAAGGGCCCCAGCGCCACCAUCAAAACCCACCACAACGUCGGCGGUCUCCCAAAGCGCAUGACCGAGGGCCAAGGCCUCAAGCUGAUUGAGCCACUGCGCGAACUCUUCAAGGACGAAGUCCGUGAGCUUGGAAGACAGCUCGGUAUCGCGCACGAUCUCGUCAUGCGCCACCCCUUCCCCGGCCCCGGUAUCGCGAUCCGUGUCCUCGGCGAAGUGACACCCGAGCGCGUCGAGAUGGCGCGCAAAGCAGACCACAUCUUCAUCAGCAUGAUCCGGGAAGCUGGAUUGUACGACAAAAUCGGCCAGGCCUUCGCAGCGCUCGAUCCUAGCCGCGCCGUCGGCGUCAUGGGCGACAAGCGCGUGUACGAGAACAUUGUCCUUCUGCGCGCGGUCGAGACUACCGAUUUCAUGACCGCCAACCCCUAUCCUUUCGAGAACUCCUUCCUCACCAAGGUCGCGACACGCAUCAUCAACGAGGUCCACGGCGUGUGCCGCGUCGCCUACGAUUACACCAGCAAACCCCCGGGAACGAUCGAGUUGGAGUGAGGGGUCUCCGAGUCGAGAACCCGGCAGCUAUCAUUCGGCGGGAGCGAGGCUCCCGGUCUUCAUUCACAUAAGGGACUGGAAUUUUGUGCUUUCGGCGUCGAGGCCUGGGCUUAUAAAGGGGUCGGGAUGCGAGAUAUGAGCUAGAGCUUAGAAUAGGGGUAGCAAAGGUAUGCGGACCCGCCAAAAAUUCAACGACUUAUGGACUAGACGAGUUGCACGUUUCAAUGGUACAUUUUGUUUCUCAUGCGAAGGUCUUCCAUUCAGGUUUGUCCCAAUUCUCUAGGAGCCUAGUGAUGUUCAUAAAGAUAUUGACCUCCACCUUCCAAAAGUCUUCCUCCUUUCUCC